AACCAGCACCAGCACCAGCACCAGCAGAAAUCAAAAUCAAAAUCGACCAACGCCGUGUCUCUGUCGCGUCUCUGCUCAACAAUCGAAACCAUUGAAUGCGUUUUGGGCAUUCGAGGACAAAGCAUGAAUGGCGAAAAAACGAACCAAAACUCAAUUGUCGGCAGUACCAACAAGAUCCAGAUAUCCAAACAAGAUCCGUCUAUCCCCUGCGUUGGAACCGGCGACAAGGAUCGCGUGGACAGCGGGGAUGGGAUUGCCCCUACCGCUGCGAACACAACCGCUAGCACCGCUGCCGGCGAGAAGCAGGAGGGAAAUGGCAAGACAAAYGCCAACUCAAGAGAAAUCAACGAGGAUGCGAUCGGUGUCAACAACAUUUUGACCGAGGUAGACAACGCCGUCAUUGCUGCGCAAACCAUAGCGUUUCAACCAACGAAUGCGAAUACGAAUACGAAUACGAAUACGAAUACGAAUACGAACACGAAUACGAAUACGAAUGCGAAUGCGAAUGCGAAUGCGAAUGCGAGUCCGAACCCGAAUUCGAGUGCGAUUCCAAUCGCGAACGCAACUCCAAACACAACCGCGGGAACCAAUGCCAACAUGGCUGCUCCUUCCACAGAGAUCCAAAACCAGGGCUUUUUGCUGGGAGCGAGCAACAAUGCUGCGUGGAACACCGCAGCGGUAAACCCAGCAACAAACAAUCCCGUGCACAACAUGAACAUGAUUCUGAAUCCGUACYUCCUCGAGGCCGCCCCCGUUGCCGCCACCGAGGUCGCCAACGACAGCGGGAGCAACAAUCCCGCGGGAAACGGGAGCAACUCGUCGAUCUCCAGCACCCACGCUUCCAUCAUGCAGCAGAACGCCCUCAUCAUGGAGCAAAACGCGGCCGCUCUGCAGCACCUGCAGCAAACCAACAACUUUUUGGCGGCGAACCCCGGGGCCUCCCUGGGAAUCCUCGCUCCCAUCAUGAACAUGAACAUGAGCAUGAGCAUGAGCAUGAUCACGGGAACGAACACCAUCAACGCGAACCCGAUGGCGGCCGGUGCACAGCCCGCUGCAGCGGGAAACCCCGCCGCGGCCUACCAACCCGCGCAGUCCCUCGCGGCAACGACGGCGGCGGCGGAAGGCGCCGGCGCAAACCCGGGCGUGCUCCUUCCCUCGACGCUGGCGGUGUCCCAGCAGCAAAUCGCUGCCGCGGCAGCGGCGGCACAGCACCCGCUCGCGGCCCAGUCGGGGUUGCCGGCGGCGGGGAGCGCUGGUCGAGCGGACGGAAGCAGCGGCAGCGGCAGCGUCAACAAUUUCCUGAGGACGGCCAUUAUAUUGCAAAACAGCGGCCUGCCCCUCUUCCAGCAGCCGCUGGUCCCCGGACUCCCGGGCGUUCCGGGCACGUUUGCGAUCGAUGCAAGCAACACCAACAACGGCCUGCUCGUUGCGGUCGGCGACAACCGGAACCGCGCCACCGAAAUCAAGAACGGCGGCACCAACGGAACCAGCCAUGCGGCACUCGCCGACGCCGGAAGCAACGGGAACGGCAACGGUGCCGCCGCCGCGGCCAACGCCGCCGCGUCCGUCCUGCCCAUUGCCUCGGUCAACCUCCCGUUGCAGCGGCAGCAACAGCAGCAGCAACAGCAGCAGCAACAGCAGCAGCUGAAUGCCUCCCUUGCGUUUCCGGUGGGAACCACCCAAGCCAGCGGUGGGAGCGGUGUCGGCCAGGUCGCCGCCAACAACAGCGUCCAGGUCGCCGCCGCAGCGGCGGUGGCUUCCAUGAAAUCCGGCCUCUCGACGCUCCACCAGCAGCAACCGCACCUCCAGGCCAUGUACCCGCAGGCCACCAUCAACCACCACCAGCACUAUCCGCAGCUGCCAGGGGUGCAGCCGCCACGGCAGGCGGUCCCGGCACAACAGCCGCAGAACCUGUACCAUCCACAGCCAGAACUGGCCACCACGGUGGGUCCCGGUGCCCCGAACCCCUCGGCCCUGAAACACCGGCAAAUAAUAGCACAGCAAAAAGCACAGCCAAAGGAAUCCCAGGGCCAGUCUCGGCCCCUGUACCUGGAGCACGACUCCAACUGUAGGUAUAGUUCAUUCUGCCGCAUUGCAUUGCGUUCGAUUUUGUUUGUAUGGCGUUGCAGUGGUGGUUUGUAAAUGCAUGCCGUAAAUUCGUUCGGUAGUGGUGUCUGUUUCUCCCGGCCUUGCUUUUGGAGGUUCUUGGGUUUGUUUUGGUGUAUGGUUUAUAUUGCAAAUCCGGGUUUCGAUCCGAAUUUCCUUUUCUUUGGCACCCUAAAUUCAUUUCAAGCACUCAAAAAUCAAUCCGCUUCAUCAUUCACUACGCAACACAGGUUUGACAGCCUAUCAGUGCUUUCUUCGAAAACAAAUCGAGUUGUUCGAGGUGGGAGAGGACGAAAUGAGGGGAACUGCCCAGGGAAGGAAUACACCACUGCAUCGUGGCCAGGUUGGGAUUCGUUGCAGGCAUUGUUCCCACCUGACGAAAGCUGCAAGACCGAGGGGGGGCGUCUACUAUUCGAGGACCAUUGAUGGCGUUUGUAAGUACAGCAGUAUCGUCAUGCAUCGUGGAAGGACGGAAGUCGUUUUGUGUCUUCAAGUACCUACUCGAACAAACUGCCCCAUGAGUUGUCCACAAAUGAAACAAUUCUAGGUCUAAUUGGUUUCGUCUCAAAUCGUUCUUUCGUGACACAUUCUUCUCUCCCUAUAGAUCAAGUGGCUCAAAACAUGUCAAAGCUACAUUUUAUGAAGGCGUGCACCAUGAUACCGGAGAGCACCAAGAAACAGCUCAUAUCUCUACAGAGCGUGAGCAGCCGUGCCUCUGGUGGAAAAGAAUAUUGGGCGGAGGGAUUACGGGUGUUGGGCGUCGUGGAAGACGAGGGAGUGCUGCGGUUUUCGAACAGCACUUCUUCGUCGUCGCAAGCACCGGCAGUGUCGAACCAAGCCUCCAAGUCUUCCAAAUAGAUUGGUCACGAUUGUCCUAGAGUUCAAUAAAAAGAGUUUUCGACU